AUGGGUAUCUGGGAGUCCAUCGUGUCGCCAACGCCGUCACUCGACGUGCCAGGCCUUGAGUCUGUCGACAUCUCGGACAAGGCAAUGGAGCGUCGCAUCGUCCGAAAACAAGAUUUUCGGAUUCUGCCAGUCAACCUGGGCAAUGCCCGAACCCUCAACAAUGACACCCCAGAAGACAACAUGGUUGUGCAGCUCAACCUCACGGGUCAGCGGUACAAUGUUGCCGUGGCCCUCUUUUUCGUUCCAUACGUCUUAAUGGAGUUUCCUUCCAAUAUCUUGUUAAAGUACUUCUCCCCCAGCCGCUGGAUAGCCCGCAUCAUGGUCAGCUGGGGCGUCAUCACCAUUUGCACGGCCGCCGUCACAACCUACGGCGGCCUUCUUGCCGUACGCAUGGUCUUGGGUCUUGCCGAGGCGGGAUUCUUCCCCGGUAUGAUGAUGUACUUGUGUUUCUGGUACAAGCCCGAGGAGCGGGCAACCCGAAUGGCCAUAUUUGCGACUUCAGUUUCGGUUGCAGGCGCCUUUGGGGGCUUACUCGCCACGGGCAUUUCAUUUCUCAACAAAAAGGCCGGACUGUCUGGCUGGCAGUGGCUUUUCAUCCUCGAAGGAAUCCCGGCUGUACUAGUCGGGGUCAUGGUGUGGUUUUGCCUCCCGGACUAUCCUCAGACGUCUUCGUGGCUGACACCUGAAGAACGAGCAUUUGCUGUGAAACGUCUGGGGCCGUAUGCGCCGUCCAUGAAGGACAAGCAUUGGGACAGUGAUGUUGCAAGGAAAACCCUGGUUGAUCCUUGGUUUUGGCUCUUCGCGGCACAAUACUUUCUCAUGACAAACUCCCUGAAUGCAUUUGGUUAUUUUGCCCCGACGAUUGUCGCAGCACUGGGAUACAAGGGUUACGAAGCCCAGUUGUUGACGGUGCCGCCAAACGUAGUGGCCAUGGUGAUUGUUAUCGGUACAUGUCUUCACAGUGACAAGACUAAAGAGCGGCCGCGACACAUUCUUGGCGCUUUGGGGUUCCUGGCGACGGGGUAUUUGCUGCUUGCUGUCGUCUCGCAGCGAGGGGUUCGGUAUUUUGCAGUUUGUAUUAUUGCUUGCACAAAUGCGGCUGUCCUACCAUUUGUGGCGUACCGAACGGCGACGGUGCAAGGCUCAACAGCAACUGCGCUUGCGACUGGCGGAAUGAUUGCUAUCGCCAACUGUGGGGGAAUAUCGGCGCCGUUCCUUUUCCCCAGCAGCGACUCCCCCAUGUACAGCAAGGGAAACUGGACCAUUUUCGGAUUUCUCAUGGCCGCGGCUCUCUUGACCAUCUAUAUGUGGUAUAAACUGGGAUCUCAUGCUGCAUAUAGGACCGGUGAAACAGAUGGUGGAGGCAACUUGGAGGUCUUGGAUGCCACGCCGUAUAAUGUCAACGACCGUAUGAACAAGGCAUUUGGAAUUUCCAAGCUAACCGACGUGGAUAACUAG